GGAAAACAGGAUGGGCAAUUCAACUGACAAUUCUAACCAAACCUUUGAGCUUAGAAUAUUCGGCCGUAGAGGCCACCACCAUACGAUUCGUCAUCGGCACACAGUGUCGCACACCGACACACGGCGCAUUCACAAGAUUUUUUGCCGAAAGUAAAACAUACAAAUCUUCGUAAGAAAUGUUGCAGAACGUCACAUCAUGCAGAGCGAGUGUGAAAUUAGCUUCGAGAUUAGUGCGAUCAACGAGAUGCUUGAGAGAUGGCUCGAGAGAACGUGUACUGUCGUCUACGCUUUCACAGACGUCGGUGGAUUUGCUCUAUGUACAAACGCAGUUGGUUCGACUGUAUUCAAAUCCGGCACGACGGCCAAGCUUUCUGUCUCAAUUUGUCGAGAACAUCAGACAGGAGAUGCAGAAAAACAAAGAGAUGAAGGAGUCAUUAAAGAAGUUCAGAGAAGAAGCUGAAAAACUGGAGCAAUCGGAGGCGUUGCGAACGGCGCGACAAAAGUUUCAAGCUGUUGAAUCUGAGGCUAGCAAAAGUUCAGAAGUGAUAAAAGAAAAAUUGGACACAAUUAAAGAAAAGAUGCAAGGAGUCAUUGAAGAGGCGAGUAAGUCUGAAUUAGGCAAACGUGCUGGUCAAUUAGGUGAGGAGAUUACGAAAUCGGCUAAAGGUGCGGCAGAGACCAUUUCCGAGAAGAGCCAAGCACUUGGUAAGACCGGAGCAUUUCAAACGAUAUCGCAUACCGCAGAGGCCGUACGGAAUGAACUUGAUCAACAUGGAAUUCUAGGCAAAGUUUACGUUCCACCUAAAAAGCUAAGAAAGAGGAAAGAAGUACCAAUAGAGCCUAGAGAUAUUACCCCUGACCAAAAAACGACAGGCGUAGAAGUGCACAAGGACUAUAUGUUUUCCAAUGCUUGGCAGAAAUUCAAGGAUAAUAAUCCAUACGUGAAUAAGGUAAUGGACUGGAAGAUAAAAUACGACGAAUCAAAUAAUGCCAUACUACGCGCUUCCAGAUUGCUUACGGAUAAGGUUUCGGACAUUAUAGGAGGAUUGUUUCAAAAAACUGAACUGUCAGAGACGCUUACAGAGAUCUGUAACCUGGAUCCCACUUUCAGUAAAAUACAGUUUUUGAAAGAUUGUGAAAUCGACUUCAUCCCGAAUAUUCUCGAGGCGAUGAUUAGAGGGGACCUUGAGAUCCUAAAAGACUGGUGUCACGAAGGACCUUACAACAUAAUUGCACAACCACACAAAGAAAUAAAGAAGUUAGGCCAUUAUUCAGAUAGUAAAAUUUUAGAUAUUGACAAUGUGGAUCUUGUGAUGGGUAAGAUGAUGGAUCAGGGACCGGUUUUAAUAAUUAGCUUUCAAUCUCAACAAAUCAUGUGUGUGAGAAACUCGAAGAACGAAGUGAUCGAGGGAGAUCCCGAGAAAGUGAUGCGCGUCAAUUAUGUCUGGGUAAUGUGCCGUGAUCGAACGGAACUUAAUCCUAAGGCUGCAUGGCGUUUGCUCGAUCUCAGUGCCACCAGUACAGAGCAGUUGGUAUGAGAAGUGCGCGAACGAACAAACCAGAAACUGGAGUAUUUCGAAAGUUCACGACUAAAUGGAAUCGUUGUGUAGUGGUGUCAUUCAUUGCCAUUAUCAUUCGCAUUAAAAGUAAGUGACCAAAUGUGACAAGAAUUUCUUAACAGUUGUGUUAAACCAAUCACUGAUUCAGCGUCUACAGUGCACAGCGUAUUUCCUGUAAAUUGAAAUGUUUAUUUAUGUAUGCAAGAUUUUAGCAACACAAUACUUGUAUAUUUUAAUUAUACGUGAUGUAAGUAUAUACAUGUUGCUAAAAUUAUCACUUGCAAAAUAUAUUUAUAAAUCCAUCGAAAUCACAUCGUCCGAUAUGCUUGCUGUUAUUUAAAAAAUUUAAUUAUCAAUAACAUCUACGUGCGUGUAACAGAAAUAUCGAAUAAUAAUUAUUUGAUUGUAUUUUAUUGUUAUGUUUUUAUUUAUUUUUAGAUAAAAAUCUUUUACUUUUUUAAUGCUAAAAUCAACAUAAUUAAAAAAACUAAAUGUUUCUUCUAUUAUUAAAAUACUUUUCAAUUAUUAAAAUACGAUAAUUCUGUACAGCACGAGAUACGAUGGAUAUAUUUAAUAUAUUAGUUAAAAAUAUAUUCAAAUACAUUUGUAAUUAAACUGUAUAUGAAUGUAUAUAUGUACAAGCUGAUAUUAACAAACGGUUACAGUGUACAAUGAUUAAAUUAUAAAGAAAUGUUGAUUAUUUU